UGAAGCGCACGCGCCGUCCAGAGGAGGUUGCCGGCGACAUUUUAACGUCCAAUUUCGUUCGUUUCCUUUACCUGCCACUCCUUUCCUUUUACCCCUCAGUGCCCGGAGCGGUUGCCGCUGAUGGCUCUUAGGAGGCUGCCGUUCUCUCAGUUGACCCUAGCCGCGGUGCUGGGGGUGGCGGGCGGUCUGUACGUGUACAAACCAAUCUUCCAGCGGUACAGCCUGGAGCAGCGUAAGGCCCAGGAGGUGACACUGGCUCAGCUCCCAGAGUCUGACCGGCCCCCAAGUCCAGCCAAGGGCUGACCCUGACCGGCUCUGAUAAUGUGAGGAAAACGACUCUUCAAGGGCGAAACGACCUCUGAAGUCGGCCGUGGAUAUUUUUAGCCCUAUUUCCAAAACGCUAUGUUUGCUGAACUUUAUAAUGCAGACACAUGCUUUUUUUUAACAAAACGAUAAUAAUACGCUCUCCUCGUCGAAGACAGAAUUGUGGCUAUAACUCCCACUCCAGAGAUUUGCGCAUAAAUUCACAGUCAUCUGCGCGGCGCAUUGGUGAGGGAGAGUAACGCGGCUGGAGGUGCCGACUUUCGAACGAAACACUAAACCAAAGGCUGAUGUGUUAUCUCCGACGGAUGUAAAUUCUAUCCGAAGGAGAAUUAAAAGAUCUUCAGUUUUCUGUCAACAUCAAAAAAUAGUUUGUCUGGUCAUUAUCACGUCACUGGCUUUCUGUGUACCUUGUUUCCGACAAGUGGCUGCACUUCAGAAAUACUCUGCAAAGUGUUUUGGAAAACUGAGGUUGUGGAAGAAGCACAUAAAUAGAAUUCUUUAAAAAAAACUCAUAGAAACACGAGAAGUUGCUAAAAAAUGUAUUUCUGGGUUUGUCAGAAUUAGAUAUUUUUACUAAAUAAAAAAACAAAAGAACUGUGGAUGCUGUAAAUAGGAACAAAAACAAAGUUUUCUCGAAAAGCUCAGCAGGUCUGACAACAUCUAUGAAGGAGAAAACAGAGUUCGCGUUUCGGGUCCGGUGAGCCUUCCUCAGAACUUGGAUAUUUCCUUAGAUAGUUUUACUACCGAAUUGUGCUUUUUCUGCUAGUAUAAUUUAGCGAUUGGGAGAGUAAGUCUCAAACUAGUGUUGAACUUCAUAAAGGACAUCUAUGGAUGGAUGUUGGUUCCCCCUCAACAUCUUGAAAAAUCAUCAACCAUUUUUUAAAGAUUCUUAAUAAGAUGAAAAUUGAAUGAAAUUGAGAGAUGUGCCUGAAUAGUGGUGAAAUGUCUUUGUAUUUUUCUAUGAUGUUGAUGCUUCCAGAAGACAGAUUGAGGACUGCCUCAAUGUUUAAGUAAUAAUUUGACUGACAUAUGAAUUAAGAGCAGACUUAAGCCAUUUGGCUCCUUCAGUGUAAUUUGAUAAGAUCAUGGAUGAUCUGAUUUUAGUCUCAGUGACUUUUCUGUCUAUUCCUCAUCCUCUGACUCCCUUGUCAACAUACAAUCAGCCUUAAAAAUGUUCAAUGGUUCUGUGUCCACUGCUUUCUAGGGAAGAGAGCUCCAAAGACACUCAACCCUCUGAAAUAAGAAAAAAGCUCCACCAGCUUGAAGUGGAUCUCCUUAUUUUGACUGCUACUUCUAUUCUGUCCCACAAGAGAAAAAAAUCCUCUUAGCAUCCACACUGUCAGCUUCCUUGUCCAAAGAAUCAUUGGAAUGAAACUUCUUUGAACUGUUACAUAUUAUACUCUCUCUUCACUGGAACAUGUUGUGCAUGAGUUAAAAGAGAAUUCUGUAACUAUCUGGCAUAGAACUUCUAGUGACUCGCUAAUUGGCGACAGAAGUCAAAGACAAAUAAGUCUGAAGUGAGAUACUUGCAUUUUUAAAUUCCGGCAAAUUGGUAAAGAAUCCCACUUAUUGUUUAUUUGUUUUUUUUAAAAUGUAAUUUAUAGAAAAUAUCAGUUGAUAUAAAAUAAAGUCUGUUGGUAUUGAUGAAUAUAUGGUUACAUCUAUCUGGUUGCAGUACUUCAAAAUGCUGAGGUAAUAAGGUGUAGAGCUGGAUGGACACAGGCCGAGCAGGAAAGCUGAUGUUUUGGGUCUGGUACCUUUUUCAGAAAUUGGGGAGGGGAGGGGGAUUCUGAAAUAAAGAGAGAGGGGGAGGCUGAUGGAAGAUGGAUAAAGGAGCAGAUAGAUGGAGAGGAGACAGACUGGUCAAAGAGGUGGGGAUGGAGCCAGUAAAGAUGAGUCUAGAUAGGGAAUUAGGGAGGGGAUAGGUCAGUCCAGGGAGGACGGACAGGUCAAGGAGGCGGGAUGAGUCUGGUAGGUGGGGGCGGGGCUUGAGGUUGGAGGAGUGGAUAGGUGGGAGGAAGAUUGGACAGAUUAGGGAAGUGGGGACGAGUUGGGCUGGUUUUGGGAUGCAGUCAGGGAAGGGGAGAUUUGAAGCUUGUGAAGUCCACAAGCGAAAUUUGAGGUGCUGUCCUGCAACCUUUGGGUGGCAUCGUUGUGGCACUGGAGAAGGCCCAGGAUGGAUAUGUCGUUCAAGGAGUGGGAAGGGGAGUUGAAAUGGUUCAGGAUUGGGAGGUGCAGUCAUUUGUCGCAAACCGAGCGUAGGUGUUCCACAAAGCAGCCUCCAACUCUCCACUUGGUUUCUCUGAUGUAGAGGAGGCCACACAUGAGCAGCAGAUACAGUAUAACAUAUUAGCAGAUGUGUAGGUGAUGUGGAAGGUUUUCUCGGGGCCUGGGUGAUGGUGAAGGGGAGGUGUAGCAAUUCCUGUGGUUUCAGGGAAAAGUGCCGGGGAUGGUGGGGCUAGUGGGGAGUGUGGAGCGGACAAGGGAUUCAUGGAGAGAGUGGUCCCUCCGGAAGGCAGAUAAGAGUGGAGAGGGAAAAAUGUCUUUGGUAGUGGGGUCAGAUGGCAGAAGUGCCAGAGGAAUCUGUGUUGGAUCUGGAGGUUGGUGGGGUGGUAUGUGAGGACAAGGGGGAAUUCUGUUUUGGUUGUUAACGUGGGGAGAGGGUGUGAGAGAUGAGUUGCGGGAAAUGCAAGACUCACGGUCGAGGGCAUUUUUGACCACCGUGGAGGGGAAGUUGUGGAUCAUGAGAAACAAGGACGUGCGGGAUUGGAAUGCGUCAUCUUGGGAGCAGAUGCGGCGGAGGCGAAGGAAUUGGGAAUAGGGGAUGACAUUUUUGCAGGAAGGUGGGUGGGAGGAGCUGUACUGUAGGUAGCUAUGGGAGUCAGUAGGCUUGAAAUGGAUACUGGUUUCCAGGUGGUUGCCAGAGGUGGAAACAGAGGUCCAGGAGGGAGUGAGAGGAAUCGGAGAUGGUUCAGGUGAAUGUAAGGUUGUGGUGGAAGGUGUUAGUGAAGUGGAUGAACUGUUCAAGCUCCUCAUGGGAGCAUGAGGCCGUGCCGAUACAGUGAUUGAUGUAACAGAGGAAGAGGUGUGGGAUAGUGCCAGUGUAGCUUCGGGAGGGGAUUGUUCCAUAUAUCCUACAAAGAGGCAGGCAUAGCUUGGGCCCAUGUAGGUACCCCUGGCCACCCCCUUUGCGGGAAGUGGGAGAAAUUGAAGUAGAAGCUGUUAAGGGUGAGGGUGAGUUCAGCUAAGCGGAUAAGGGUGUCAGUGGAGGGGGACUGGUUGGGCCUGUGGGACUGGAAGAAGCGGCGGGCCUUUAGGCCAUCUGCAUGGGGAAUGUAAGUGUAUAGGACAUCCAUGGUAAAGAUGAAGUGUUGGGGACCAGGGAAUCGGAAGUUUUGGAGGAGUUGGAGGACGUGGGUGGUGUCACGGACGUAGGUGGGGAGUUCCUGGACCAAGGGGAAGAAAAUGGAGUUGAGAUAAGUGGAGAUACGUUCGGUGGGACAGGAGCAGGUGGAGACAAUGGGUCUACGAGGGCAGCCUGGUUUAUGGAUUUUGGGAAGGAGAUAGAAACAGAUGGUGGGGAACUAUGAGGUUAGAGGCUGUAGGUAAAAGUCACCUGCAGUGAUGAGAUUGUGGAUGGUUUGGGAGAUGAUGCUUUGGUGUUCGGGGUGGGGUCAUGAUCAAGGGGGCAGUAGGAGGAGGUGUCGGAGGGUUGGCGACUGGCCUCAGCGAUGUAGAGGUCAGUGCGCCAUACUUCACCUGCGCCUCCCUUUUCCAUGCUUUUUAUGGUGAGGUUGGGGUUGGAGCGGAGGGCUGCACGUUCUGUGGGCGAGAGGUUGGAGUGGGUAAGAGGGGUGGAGAGAUUGAGGCGAUUGAUGUCUUGACGGCAGUUGGAGAUGAAGAGGUCAAGGGAGGCUAGGAGGCCUUGGGGUGGUCUCAAGGAGGCGGAGAAGGCGUCAGUAGAGGGAGGGUUAGGCUCACAGUUAAAGAAGUAAGCGCGGAAGUGGAGGCUGCAGAAAAACUGUUCAACAUCCAAGCAUGACCGGUAUUCGUUGAUGUUUGGGUGGAGGGGCAUAAAGGUGAGCCCUUUGCUGAGGACUUUAAAAUGCUGUUUUUGUGAAAAGUUUCCUAGCAGAGAUUAAGUUGUUGCCCAUCCAGCAAUUACAUUUAUGUGGAACCUAGUUGAUUUAAUCCACCUUGUUGGGUAGAAAAUGAAGACAUUUGCAGAUUCUUGCACUGAGAUUUUUUUUGUGGAACAAGGUCUUGUAAUUUUUGAAGAUUGUAAAAAAGUAAACGUCAAACUCUUAACUGUCUGUACUGACCUCCACUUUAUCCUCAUAUUUGAUUGCUAAAGAGUUGAGAGAAAACUAAUGGUGUAAAUCAGAUUUGCAUCCCUGAUGGUACAUGCUGGAUACUGAAAUUAGAUUAGCCUUUGAUUAAACUUCAACUACACUUGGAAUUUAAA